AUCGAUCAUAUGUUUACUAUUCUAAUCAAUAAAUCUUCUGUGGUGCAGAUCCUGCAUCUUUAAUCUGCGCACGCGCACGUAAUGUGGCGCUCGUUAAAUAUUCAUGAGCUGAAGCACCUCGUCCAAUCGGAUGCGAAUGAAUUAAUGCGGCGAGUCCCGCACGUUCCCGUCAUGCACCGUGAGCGCGCGCUGCUGCUGGAGUCUGUUUGGCACGAGCGCGGAUCUAAUUGAGAGUCAUCAUGAAUUACCUGCGCAGGCGUCUGUCGGACAGCAGUUUUGUGGCCAAUCUGCCGAACGGCUACAUGAUGGACCUGCAGAGAUCCUCCAGCUCCAGCAGCUCUCCGGCGUCUCCGGCCACAGAGCGCCGUCCUGCACCUGCAACAGCCCCUGCACCCGCACCUGCACCGACCCUGACCCCCACACCAGCCCCUGCACCGGCCCCCGCUGCACCCCCGGGCCCCGCAGGCUUCCUCAGCUCGUUCUCCAGUGUAGUGAAGACGGCUCAGAUCGCCAGCGCCGUCCAGGCCAAAGCCUCCGCACACACAGACGUUGCUGCGCCCAAACCUGCCGCCCGCAAACCCAGAGUCCUGCUGGUCAUCGACGAGCCGCAGACAGACUGGUGAGAGAUUAUUGAGUCCAUUCAACUUUAUUAGUACAGCGCG